CCUGAAUUUUGUCGUGGCGGCAGCAAAACAGCUGAUUGAGAUUCAGAGAAUUUGUGUUGGAUUGUAUUUUUUUGUGUGUUUAAUUGUAAUUGAAUUGAAAUGAGUUCGGCACUGCGGGCCAAAGAAUUACUAAUACGGGCUGUGGAAUGCGAUCAAAUCGGUCGUAUAUUGGAGGCACAGACUCUAUAUCAAGAUGGCAUUGCCCAGUUGAUGGGCUUCGUCAAUGGCGAACCGGACGAAAAUAAACGCAAAGGAUUCCUCACACGCAUCAAGGAAUACAUGGAUAGAGCCGAUGCCAUCAAGGCCCGUGUCAAUGGCAAACUCAUGCUGGGCAAAGUUGUCUCACAUAUAUGCAUUGAGGACAAUGAUAUUGGUUAUGAUUAUGAUGAUAUAUUUGGUCAAUUCAUGGAUGAUAAGACAAUUGAAAUUCUGCUUGAAGAGCCCUAUAUGACUCAAAAUUAUCAGUAUCAAAACCUUGUACGAUUUCUGGAAUUAACUGCUGUUAAAUGCAAAAAUAUGAAAUAUUUUCGAUUAGUUACAAAAGAAGAUACUAAAAAUUUAGAUCAACAAAAAACAAAUAUUGGCCAAAUAAAGGCCGAUCUUGAAAGAAGAAAUAUAACAUGUUGUGUUAAAUAUGAGGAAUCGCUGCAUGAUCGUAGAAUAUAUCUUAGCAAUGGCUAUAUUAUUAAAAUUGGUCGAGGAUUGCAUUUUUAUAAGGCCUCCAAUCCAGUGUAUUCGAUUGGUCUGGUCAAUUAUAAAUUUAGAAAAUGCCACAAAACAGAUGUUGAUAUAUGGAGCAAUUCAAAUUCUUAGUUAAGACAAAUGACAAUUAUUUCCAUACUCUAUUUUUUUUACCGACACUUUUUUUGUCCCAUAUACAAAUACAAAGAUUUUC